AUGGAAACACAGGCGGUGCAAAGGGGUCUCGUGGCCGCAAAUCGGUAAUUUUUUUGAAAUUAGACCCUAUUUUGCAAAUUUUGACAACACGCUUCGAUUCAGCAUAGUCUACAGUAUCAUCCUGAUUUUUUUCAGAAUUUUCCACAGAAUUUUCCACAUUUCGGCCCAGGCUUUACGAAGGCUUUGGACUUUUGACCCAGUUACAGUAUUCGGAUCGGACCAAAACUUUACAGGCUUCUUGGACUUGGAUUGAAGUAUAUUGGGACCAAGUUUCAGCCCGAUCCGAUGAUCCGGUCCCGAGAUAUACUGAAAAGCCGGGUUGUCAGAUAAUCGGAUAGGUCUGAAACUUGGAUUCAAGAUACUUCAAUCCAAGUCCAAGAAGCCUGCAAGUGGGCCAAAAGGCUGGGCCGACCUUUUACACAACCCUGGUACUUUCCCAAGUUUAACUAGAGUUAGAGCGGCAAAAAAUAGAGUAAGGAAAAUGUUUUGAAACUGUAGAAAAUUGCAAUCCUUUCUUGAAAUUUCGUGUUGUCUCAAUCGAUUUCCGGUUCAGAGAUGCCUCGACGGACCCCUCGUCGCGGUCAUUUCUCUGGCAGAACCUCUCGGCGAUGUCCUCUUCGGAUCAGGCCCAUUUGAUGAGCAGACUCUCCUCCUCGUGGCCGUUCCGCAACGAACGGAGGGCUCUCACGUGGCCAGUUCAUGCCGGACUCAUCGCCAAUUGUGUCACUUCUUCUCUGAUUGGUACGCACAACUGUUGGGCAUUUCUCUAAGGAAAAUUCUACUGUUUCUCAGAAAAUGCAUAAGAUUGCAUCUUCAGUCUAAUCCUAAUCCAAAUUGUUUGUUUUUGCGUUGACAAACGGAGAAAAAGGUCGCGCGCGCGGCGAGCGAACCUUUAAAGGCGCAUCUACUUUUAAGACGGGCGUUUCUCGAAGCGAAUUGAGUGCCUAACUAAUUCAAAAAAUCUAAUAUUGUUGAAUGAAUUAUGAAACCUUUUUCGAAGUGAGGAAACAGAAAGAUAUAUUCUCUCAAAGCGCAGAGAAAAGAGAACAUCUAAAUUGUCAGAUUUGAAAAAGGACAUUUCAGCAACACGCAUCAACUCGGAAAUGUUUUUGUACGAUUCGAAGACGAAAUUUUUCGACGCGAUCCGAAAAUGCCCGAAAUCGCCGUACGUAUUCGGCGUCUACUCUUCCGGCGUCACUUAUUUCAUGCUUUAUCAGGUACCUUUCUCUUUUUUCCAGUAAAUUUCCAAUUUUCUCAUUCCAGAUGCUAAUCACGCCGAAAGUGUACAACGAACUGACGCCGUGCCCGUCGUGUCUGCUGAUCAACUCGAUUGCGAUCGGACUGACGACCGGAGUGGCCCUUCCGAUGCUCUCAACGCCCUACCUCGCCCAUUACGUGCUCUUAAAUCGAGAGGGCACCGUCAGAAACGGACUGCCCGCAGUCAACAACCUCCUGGAGUUCCUGACGCUCGGCUGGGAAGGUAGGAGCCUCACAAAAAAUGUAAUGUUCGCAUCUUUUCAAUAUUUCGACUUUUCAGGCUCAAAACCAGCGCGCUCCGUCGUGGGAACGUGUGCGGCCAUCCAAAUGCUUGUCAGUUUCGGCGCAAUGUACGCAGUGUUGUGGGGCCGCGAACGGAUGUUCAACACGCUCGAACUGGACUCGGAACUGGCGAAGAAACUCGUCGCCGAGGCACAGACCUCCUCCUCGCUCAAACAGAAACUACUGGAUUUCCUUCGAAAAAUCCCACUGGUCAACGGAGUCGUACCGGAAGCGCCCGAAAACGAACGAGUCGUUUGA